CUUUCUCUCUCUUUGUCUUCUUCUUUCGAAAAAGAAGAGCAUUCUCCAAAACAAGCAUACCCCCCAAAAAUCAACCAUCCCCUUUCCUUUCCUCUUCUUCUUUUUCUUCUCUCUUUGUCAGUCAGUCAUUUGUAGUUUCUCCAGCUUCUACAGACUAAGAAUCUUUCACCAUGUUCCUCUGUUAGCUUAAGUCUAUCCUUCUCUGCUUUGAUCUUUGCACAUUUUACCCACAUUCCAAUCUAGAAUUUGAGUGGAGAACGGACCUAAAAAUGACGAAGAUAAGUCCUGAAAUUGAUGAAACAGUGCUGACAGAAUCAAUUCUGGCUGUUUCCGCUGAUGUGAGCUUUGCUUCUGACCACUUUCCAAAGUAUAAAUUAGGACCUGACAAUCAGAUUUUGGAGGAGCCAAGAGGGGACAACAAUGGUCCAUCACUGAAGGAGGUUGUUGAAAGGGAAACAACACAAUUAUCUGAGCAGCACAAGCGGCUUUCAGUUCGCGACCUUGCUAGUAAAUUUGACAAGAACCUUGCGGCUGCUGCAAAGUUGGCUGAUGAGGCCAAACUUAGAGAGGUUGCUUCUUUGGAGGGGCAUGUUCUUUUGAAGAAGCUUAGAGAUGCCUUGGAAUCUUUGAGAGGUCGAAUGGCUGGGAGAGACAAGGAAGAUGUAGAGAAAGCUAUCUCCAUGGUUGAGGCUUUAGCAGUUAAAUUGACUCAAAAAGAAGGAGAACUGAUUCAAGAGAAGUUUGAGGUGAAAAAACUGGCAAACUUUCUCAAGCAGGCUUCUGAAGAUGCUAAAAAGUUGGUAAAUCAAGAAAAAUCUUUUGCUUGUGCUGAAAUUGAAAGUGCUAGGGCUGUAGUGCAGCGAUUUGGAGAGGCCCUUGAUGAGCAAGAAAGGAAUACAGAAAAUUCUCAAAAAACACAGGAGAUUGAGGAGCUAAUAGAGGAAGUUCAAGAGGCUAGAAGAAUUAAAUUGAUGCAUCAGCCAAGCAAGGUGAUGGAUUUGGAGCAUGAACUUCGUGCACUAAGAAAUCAAAUUCGAGAAAAAUCUAUAUUCUCAAUAAAGCUUCAGAAAGAGCUGGCAAUUAACAAGAAGGCUGAGGAGAACAAAUCCCGUUUAUAUGCUUUGCAUGGUUCUGAAACACUUGGUUCAUGCUUACGACUCCAACCUUGCUCUGAUAAUGCUCCAUUGCUUUCAAAAUCUUCAAUCCAGUGGUUUCGUGCAUCACCUGAUGGAAAUCAAAGGGAAAUAAUUUCAGGUGCCAACAAAACAAUUUAUGCCCCAGAACCCCUUGAUGUUGGUCGAAUUUUGCAGGCUGACAUUCUCUCAAAUGGCCAAACAGUCUCCGUGACAACUGCUGCUCCUAUUGAUUCUGCUGCAGGUUUGGGAGGCUACGUGGAGACACUUUUGCGAAAAUCCAGCAGUGAAUUUAAUGUAAUCAUUUCCCAGAUCAAUGGACAAGAUCAUCCGUCACAUUCCACUCAUGCUUUCAAUGUUGGAAAGAUGAGAAUCAAGCUCUGUAGAGGAUGGAUCACAAAGUCCAGAGAAAUAUAUUCCACAUCAAUGCUGCUAUGCGGAGUUCGUGGUGAUGGUAAUGCCCCGGCGAAGUCAUUGUUUUGGCAACCAAGGAAAGGACUCUCUUAUGUAUUAACGUUUGAAUCAGAGAGAGAAAGGAAUGCGGCAAUUAUGGUUGCAAGAAAGCAUGCUUUUGACUGUGGUGUGAUGCUUGGAGGACCAGAUGAUCAAAUGUAGAAGUAAAAAUCUAACUGACAGUCUUUUACAACUGUGAUACAAUGAGGCUUUGGUAGUGUGAGUAAUUACAUUGUAUGGUGUGUUUGGCAUGAUGAGGGAGAAAAAGAAUAUGUUUGGGUUUGGGUUCCACUAAUUUGGUUGCAUUGUUUAGGCAGUCUUUUUUGUUUUGCCUAAUCACCGAUUGUAACAAGUUUGCUGUUUUUAAUUGAUUGGUUGAUUUGUGCU